AUGGAUCCAUCCUCGUCGAAAUCUCGAGAUGCACCAUCAGCUACCGUGCCGCCUAAAGCUAAACGAAAGCACGAGCGAGGAGCGACAUGGAACAUUCGUUUUCAAGCUUCGCUGCACGCAGUGCAUCGUCAAUCGGCGUUGUUUUCGAAUGCACAUGGCGGUGUGGGCACGCCGAGUCGGGUGGAAGAUGGGAAUGGCACGCCAGCUCACAGCCAAGAUUCCAGGUCUCUAUUUUCAUACCUCAAAGUUCUCGUCCAGCACUGCCAGGUCGUGGCCGACCAAGGUCUAUCCCGCCUGCAGGAGGAGCAACGUUCCACGUCCCACCUACGUCUCCAGGCAGAGCUCCAGCGUGUCCGAGAUGACCUGUCGGCGGCGAUGAAGGGAUGGUCGACGGACAAGGAGGCGAUCAUCAAGCUUCAGGGCGAGUUGCUGGAGGCACGACGUUUGGCCCAACACGAAAAUCAGCAAUUGAUGGACUUGAAGAAGCUUCUUGAAACCCAGCAGGCGGAGACCCGUGAGCGCUCUGAACAGCACACGAAGGAGGUGGAACGUGGCAUUGCGCUACUGGGGCAGCUGCAGACGGCGCAAACUGCCGUCGCGAAGAUGGAGAAACAAUUAUUGGAGGCUCGUCGUGCGGCCGAGGGAGAGAAGGCAUCGGUCGCAUCGCUGAGGAAGGAGAUUGAACGGUGCAAGGCGGACCACAAAGAGACUGUAAAGGAGGUCAAGCUUCUGGAGCGAAGCUUCGUGGAAAUUUUCGAGCUACGGAAGAUAGUCAAACAACAGAGCCUGGAGCUGGAGCGUCUCCCCAAAGCCCAGGUGCUGGAGCCGACGCAGGAUAACGUGCAGCAGCUACAGAAGGAUCUGGAAGCGCUUCAUGCAGUGCAUAGCGAAACCCGGCGCAAGUACCGCUGGAGGAAGAAGCAGCUAUUUGAUGCGCAGAACACGCGGCGGGAGAAUAAGCAGCGCAUCUCUGAACUCGAGCAACGAGCCGUCAUCUCCGAGCGCCAGCUCACCAUGUUCCACUUCGGCAUCAAGCUCCUCGACGGAUACUUCCUCGAUUUCCUCAAAGAUCACACGGUUUCCCGCAUACCGCCUACCAAGAAACGCAAACGCGGCGAGCAUGAUCUGUGGGAUGAGCACGAUCUGUGGGACGUCCAGGUGGCGGUCAAGGCCCUGCUCGAUAAGUGCGAGGACCAUGUCAACUCGAUACGCGACCAGUUCGACUUUUACGAGGAAGAGGAUUUGGUUGGGACUUGUCUGAUGUGUCAUGGCGAACAUGGCUGA